AAUCUCUGGAAGACAGAAUUUUAUCAAUUUUCUUGGAUCAAACGUUAAAGGAUUUAACCUCUAAGGUUGUCAGCAUGAUGUUUUCGUAGAAGUUUGGCGGAAUUCUUAUGGUUUUGGUAUAAUUCUGGACUGAGGGAAUUGAUUGGGUGCUUUUACCUCACUCCUUGACUAGACUUCGACGUUUGACAUAAAAGAAUUCGGAGUUCCUUCAAAUGUGGACGAAAUUUGACGGCCGCCAUGUUGACAAAUCAGGGGAUUACUGCUGAGUUCAAGUGCCGUGAUCACAUAUCUGAAAAAAUUAUGAAAAAAAGUCCCUCGAGAUGCUUUAACGGAAACUGAAAAAUUCAAAAAUUAUGAAUUGAAACAUGUUCUGACACCAAAUGACGAAAUAAAUUCUACGAAAUUUUUUAAAAUUCCAAGUGUAAAGUGCAAUGACGCGGCCUCCUUUCUUCACCCGUGGGUUUCCAUCCUAUUGUAGAGAUUACACUGUGAGCAGGCAUGUUCAAGUAUACUGGUACCAUCCGGACUUCUCACAAAGUCGUUAUCCACCUGGUCAACAAGUCAGUGAGGCUUGCACAUUGAUAUGCCUCCUGGUGGCCCAACGCGUUUGCGAGUCAAAACUUCACCUUGAGAAUGUGGAGAUCUUUCCUGAGUUAACAGCAUUGAUUGCAGCAUCGAUUGUAGAAGGAAAUGACACUCAUGCACGGAUCCUUAGGCAAGGAUUAGUACCCCAUCCUUAUUUGAACACAGAUGAGGCUCUCAGAUUUGGGGGAAAACGAUUAAAAAGUCUAGUAGAAUGGAAAUUCCAGGUCUUUAGGGAGAGCAUUGAGACAAGUCUCUGUCAGAACAUUCAGAGAUUCCUAGUGGAUUGGUACAAGAACCCUCGAGGUGACACCCUUAUUAUGCUUCUGAUCACAUGCGGCCGAACAAUACUAAUGCUAUUUCAGCGCAAGACGAAUACAAUAACACUUUUCGAUUCCCAUGGACACAGUACAAAUAGGAAUUCGCACAGAGGCUUAGUAGUUGCCCAAGCAAAAUUUGAACGGUUAUAUGCGUUGUGUGACUGGUACAUCGAGGACGUUCUUCACACUUGUUUCAACGUCUACGCAACAAAUCAGUAUGAAUUAGCCUUCCUCUAUUACGUCCACGAUGAUUGCUGCAAAAAUGAAGAAUGCCCGUGUAAAUGUGGAUGCAACAAUGAUUGAAUAAAUCCUAAUCGAUGAUAGGGAUAAUGAAAGCAAAAAUUAAACUCAACAGCCCAUGUCAUUAUUUUGUUUUAUUGGAACCACAAAAAAUUAAAGCUAUUUCGUAAUCAGAUAUACUGACAUUUAUUUACAUUAUUUACAAAAUCUCUAGAGAUUAUUUUGAUGUUCUCAUAUAUGUUCAAUGUUUCUGGUACCUAGAAUUGUUCUAAUUUUUGUUUACAGCAGAGCGUGUAGAUUUUCAAUGAGUAUUACAAUUUGUUAAUAUUCCGUCAUCAAAAAAUAUAAA